UGGAUUUUGGAAAAGGAAUUUUGAUCGGAUAUUCGGAUUCUUGGUACUGUGAUGUCUGUAACCAUUUUCAUUCAAUCUUUCAUUAUUCAUCUUUCAAUUAGUUGAUUUUAAUUGUUAUUUUUUGAAAAACCGUUACAUUGUUAUCAUCUUUUGAUCUUUUAAUUUAAUCGUUGUUUAAUUUUCUUUUCAUUUUAAACCAUGGCAACUUUGAAGGCGGAGAAGGAGAAAUUAAAAAUGGUCCAAGAAAAGUGUCAGCAGAUUUUAAAUGAUCUUCUUAAAGACGAGGAUAAUAAAUAUUGUGUUGAUUGUGAUGCUAAAGGUCCACGAUGGGCUUCUUGGAAUUUAGGAAUAUUUCUGUGUAUUCGAUGUGCUGGUAUACAUCGAAAUCUAGGUGUACAUAUUUCCAAAGUUAAAUCUGUUAAUCUGGAUGCUUGGACACCUGAACAAGUCGGUUACCUUCAACAAAUGGGUAACAGCAAGGCCAGAGCAGUGUACGAAGCCAACCUUCCAGAUAAUUUCAGAAGGCCACAAACUGAUUCAUCACUUGAAGCUUUCGUUAGAGCUAAAUAUGAGCAGAAAAAAUACAUUGCCAAGGAAUGGGUUCAACCACCAACUCCUCAACCUGCUUUUGAUAUAGAAGAAGAACGUCGUAAAGAGAAGGAAAAAAAGAAAAUCCGACUUCCUAAAAUUCAGCCUAACGGGUCUCCGGUAGAUGUUCAGACAACUCCAGUUCCAAGACCACAUUCAACUUUGACUUCAACAAGUGCGAUUAGUGUAGAGAAAAUUGUUUCGGAUCAAUCAAAGAAACACUCAGUUGAUCUAUUAGGACUUGAUGUUGGUAGUAGUAACAGUAAAUCCAAUGGUAAUAAUCAAGUCAAUACAACAUCUACCUUGGUUAAUAAUGACGAUGAUCCAUUUGAAGCAUUUGUAUCCGCUCCGAUGACAUCCAAUAACGAUUUAAACUCUAGUGGAACGCAAAAAACUGAUCUUUCCAAUUCAAGCAACAGUAUUGCAGAUGAGGAGAAAGAUUUUUUCAAUCAAAAAGCACCAACAAGUCAGGAUAAAAAAUUGGAUAAGGAAACAAUUAUGAAGCUUUAUGAAAGCUGUAAUACUUAUAUAAAUCCUCUUCAAUCAACGAUCAAUCAGAGUAACAGUAAUAAUCUGUUCGGACAAAAUUUUGGUCUCCCUCAUUCUCAACUUUCUACUCAACCCCAACCUCAACCUCAACCUCAACUUCAAAAUAAUCACCUUUGGUUGCCAUCAAUUAAUAAUCAGAUUCCAGUAACGCUACCAACUCAGAACUCAUUUUUCGUUUCACCUGCUCCAAUUGGCGUUACUUUGGGACAAUCUCAAAUGCAACCACCCGUGUUUGUGAAUCCAACCAACCCUUUCUUAACUGCAGCACCUGUCAAUACAACACCUGAUGAUGCUUUCUCUAAACUUCUCAAUAUCCAAUGAUAAAUUUCGAUGGUAAUUGUGAUGAUUGCUGCUGUGUCAAGACAAUGAUCGAUCCGUUUUGCUCUUUUAAGCAAACGCCGAGUUUUACCGUUCAAGAGGAGCGUUUUGAUUCUCAGCAAAUUGUGAUUGAAGAUUGAAGAGCUCUAAACUAUUAAUUAUCAUAAAAAAGCAAAAUUAAUAUAUUAUCCAGUAUUAUUGUACGUUCACCGUGAAAAUAACUCAUUUUCAGAUAACUAUGAUUACAAGAAAUAAAAUUUUUCCAAUAACAA